CUGGGCCGGAACUGCUCACGCUAAUCCCAUCCCUCUCCGCUGGGAUUCAGUCUAGUUGUCGUCACCCUGAAGUGGUGCUCCGGAAGCUAAAGGUGGCCAUGCUCUGUGGAACCACGCGGCCAGAGGCACGCGGCGAAAUGUUGCCCGGGCCCAUUUCCUCUACAGGCAAUGGACACCCCUGACCCAGCAGCAGAGCCCGGCAGAGCGUUCUGAGAGGUCUGCGAAGCGUUCUCCUGGAGCAUUAAGGCCCGGAGCCCGCGGCGCUUUCCGGGAACCGCAGACCCAGGCCCCGCCCUUCUGCCCGCCCUCUGCACUGCGCAUGUCCGAUCAAUCAUUGACACCAUGAACUGGAAUAAAGGUGGCCCUGGCACUAAAAGGGGAUUUGGCUUUGGAGGUUUUGCCAUUAGUGCUGGAAAGAAGGAAGAACCAAAACUCCCACAACAGUCCCACAGUGCCUUUGGGGCAACCAGCUCUUCUUCUGGAUUUGGGAAGUCAGCUCCACCACAGCUCCCUUCUUUCUAUAAAAUUGGAUCUAAGCGGGCCAAUUUUGAUGAAGAAAAUGCAUACUUUGAAGAUGAGGAAGAAGACUCUAGCAAUGUUGAUUUACCUUAUAUUCCUGCUGAAAACUCCCCUACCCGCCAGCAAUUCCAUUCCAAGCCAGCAGAUUCUGACAGCGAUGAUGAUCCCUUGGAGGCAUUCAUGGCUGAAGUAGAAGAUCAGGCAGCAAGAGACAUGAAGAGGCUUGAAGAAAAGGACAAGGAAAAGAAAAACGUAAAGGGUAUUCGAGAUGACAUUGAAGAGGAAGAUGACCAAGAAGCUUAUUUUCGGUACAUGGCAGAGAACCCAACUGCUGGUGUGGUUCAAGAGGAAGAGGAAGAUAAUUUGGAAUAUGACAGUGAUGGAAAUCCAAUUGCACCUUCCAAAAAAAUCAUUGAUCCUCUUCCUCCCAUUGAUCAUUCAGAGAUUGACUAUCCACCAUUUGAAAAAAAUUUUUACAAUGAACAUGAAGAGAUCACAAACCUCACCCCACAGCAGCUAAUAGAUCUUCGGCAUAAGCUCAAUCUUCGGGUCUCUGGUGCUGCACCUCCUCGACCAGGAAGCAGUUUUGCUCAUUUUGGGUUUGAUGAACAACUUAUGCACCAGAUUCGGAAAUCUGAAUACACACAGCCCACUCCAAUACAGUGCCAGGGUGUGCCUGUGGCAUUAAGUGGAAGAGACAUGAUUGGUAUUGCCAAAACAGGCAGUGGAAAAACUGCUGCCUUUAUCUGGCCCAUGCUGAUUCAUAUAAUGGACCAGAAGGAACUGGAACCAGGUGAUGGACCAAUUGCAGUGAUUGUGUGUCCUACGAGGGAGCUUUGCCAGCAGAUCCAUGCAGAAUGUAAGCGGUUUGGGAAAGCAUAUAAUCUUCGAUCAGUGGCCGUGUAUGGAGGGGGAAGCAUGUGGGAGCAGGCCAAGGCCCUUCAGGAAGGGGCGGAGAUUGUUGUGUGUACUCCAGGCCGACUGAUUGAUCAUGUGAAGAAGAAAGCUACCAAUCUUCAGAGAGUUUCUUACCUUGUAUUUGAUGAAGCAGAUCGAAUGUUUGACAUGGGAUUUGAGUACCAGGUGCGAUCCAUCGCCAGUCAUGUACGUCCUGACAGACAGACUCUCUUAUUCAGUGCAACUUUUCGGAAAAAGAUUGAAAAACUGGCCAGAGACAUUCUGAUCGACCCUAUUCGAGUGGUGCAAGGAGAUAUUGGAGAGGCAAAUGAAGAUGUGACACAGAUUGUGGAAAUUCUCCAUUCCGGGCCUAGUAAAUGGAACUGGCUUACCCGGCGUCUGGUCGAGUUUACCUCUUCAGGGAGUGUUCUCCUGUUCGUUACUAAAAAGGCCAAUGCUGAGGAGCUGGCCAAUAACCUUAAACAGGAGGAUCAUAAUCUUGGGCUGCUUCAUGGGGACAUGGAUCAGAGUGAAAGAAACAAGGUCAUUUCAGACUUUAAGAAAAAGGACAUCCCCAUCCUGGUGGCCACAGAUGUUGCAGCCCGUGGUCUGGACAUUCCUUCAAUUAAGACUGUCAUCAACUAUGAUGUGGCUCGAGACAUUGAUACCCAUACUCACAGGAUUGGCCGCACCGGACGAGCGGGUGAGAAGGGUGUGGCCUAUACCUUGCUAACCCCCAAGGACAGCAAUUUUGCUGGUGAUCUUGUCCGGAACUUGGAAGGAGCCAAUCAACAUGUUUCCAAGGAACUCCUAGAUCUGGCAAUGCAGAAUGCCUGGUUUCGGAAGUCCCGCUUCAAAGGAGGGAAAGGCAAAAAGCUGAACAUCGGUGGAGGAGGCCUGGGCUACAGGGAGCGGCCUGGGCUAGGCUCUGAGAACACGGAUCGAGGAAAUAACAACAAUGUAAUGAGCAACUAUGAGGCCUACAAGCCCUCCACAGGAGCCAUGGGAGAUCGGCUGACGGCAAUGAAAGCGGCUUUCCAGUCACAGUACAAGAGUCACUUUGUUGCUGCCAGCUUAAGCAACCAGAAAGCUGGAAGUUCUGCUGCUGGGGCAAGUGGAUGGACAAGUGCAGGGAGCUUGAAUUCUGUACCAUCUAAUUCAGCCCAGCAGGGUCUUAACAGUCCUGACAGCCCCCCUGCUAGUGCCACCAAGAGCGUCCCAGGCUUUGGCAAUCCUGGGAACCUCAGCAGUGCCCCAGUGACCUACCCCACUCCCGGAGCCCAGGGAGUCAACAACACAGCUUCAGGGAAUAACAGCCGAGAAGGGAUUGGGGGUAGCAAUGGGAAGAGAGAGAGAUAUACUGAGAACCGGGGUGGUAGCCGUCACAGCCAUGGAGAGAGUGGCAAUCGGCACGGUGAUAGCCCACGUCAUGGAGAUGGUGGUCGCCAUGGAGAUGGAUACCGCUAUCCAGAAAGCAGCAGCCGUCAUACUGAUAGCCAUCGUCAUGGGGAGAACAGACAUGGAGGAGGUGGAGGCCGACAUGGAGAGAGCCGAGGUGGAAAUGAUGGUCGAGGUGGAAAUGAAGGUCGAGGUGGAAAUGAAGGUCGAGGUGCAAACGAUGGUCGAGGGGCAAAUGAAGGUCGAAGUGCAAAUGAUGGCCGGAAUGGUGAAAGCAGGAAAGAAGGUUGUAAUCGUGAGAGCAAGAUGGACCCCAAGGUGGUGGAUAGCAGUAAGAUGGAUAAGAUGGACAGCAAGACAGAUAAGACAGCUGAUGGUUUUGCUGUCCCCGAGCCACCCAAGCGCAAGAAAAGUCGAUGGGACAGUUAGAUGGUAUGUGCUAAAGUGUGAAAUCCUUUGUUAUUUUUAGAAAGAUUUUUGGUAAUUACGUGUCUCAGGGCUGGGUUGGGGUGGGGCCCAAGGUGUAAGGACCCCCUACCCUUAGUGGGUAGCUGGCACUUGGAGACAUGACUCCAUCUGGAUCGUUUUUUGGAUUUUGGGGGGCUGCUUUGAUCAUAAGCAGUGAGAGCUGGGAAGCGUCUUUUGGCUCUGGGUUUGUUGUGAGGGCCUUACAGGAUAUAAAACUAGGUUUAUAUCAUAUGUAGCGUGUAUUUUUUACUGUCAGCUUAUAAACAUCUAUAAGUUAAAACCUUUUUCUUAGCCAUGUGCCCAGGCGGGCCCUGUUAGGGAUGUUUGGGAAGCACUUUGGGGCUUCCAAUACAUUUGCAGGGAAGGGAGGUGUCUGAUUCCAAGUGGAAUUGAUGCUCAGGUUUGUUUCCAGCCCUGCAGUGGAAGCCCAGAGCCACUACUAUUACGAGGUGAGAAAAUAAUCCUAAAAACAGGAUUGCUCCAGGUCUGAAGUGUUGCUAAAUUUAAAACCCCAACAGCUUUUAACUGUCUUCCCCCUAUUUCAUUGUGUUGGGUUUGUUUUUUUUUUAACUUACCACAAUGGUAGAAAAAUCUUUUGCUGAAAUGAUUUUGAUGACUUUUUGUUUUAUGUUGUUUAUAAAGGAAAUAUACAUACUUCAAA